AUGAGGCGGGCGGGGGUUUCGGUGCCGGCCUGCCUCGCUCGACGCAGCGAAACCGCCCGCGUUUCUGGGCGGCGCGGGAGCAGCCGAGGACGUUUUGGGACCCCGAAUGCAGACGAGGAGCAGGGCUUCGCCAUCCGUGUCGCAUCUCCUGCUAGAUUGCACCGGGGCUUCGGCAGCGAGAAGCGCGAGUGCGCACCACCUCCCUGCAAACUGCCUCUUGCCCCUCCUCUCCUGCCUCCCCAGGAUCUGAAGAAGUACGGGGCCACCACGGUCGUGCGGGUGUGCGAGGUGACCUACGACAAGACGCCCCUGGAGAAGGACGGCAUCACCGUCAUGGACUGGCCAUUUGACGAUGGAGCGCCUCCUCCGAGUAAGAUCGUGGAGGACUGGCUCAACUUGCUGAAGACCAAGUUCUGUGAAGACCCUGGCUGCUGUGUGGCGGUUCACUGCGUGGCUGGCCUGGGCCGCGCUCCUGUCCUCGUAGCACUGGCCUUGAUCGAGAGCGGCAUGAAGUACGAAGACGCCAUUCAGUUCAUUCGACAGAAGCGCCGAGGAGCCAUCAACAGCAAGCAGCUCACGUACUUGGAAAAAUACCGACCAAAGCAGAGACUCCGAUUUAAGGACCCUCAUAACCACAAGAACAAAUGCUGCAUCAUGUAACCUCAAUGACCUCUUGCCAAAAUUCGUGCACACAGACACACGGGCACUCGCACGCAUCCCCACCCCGCACACCCCACCCACCACCCCGCUCGCAGGCCCCACUCGGGGGGCUUGGGCAGGACGGGGGUGGGUGGCCUCGAUGGAGCAUGACCGACAGGUCCUUGUAGCCGGAGCGCUCUUCUUGCCGAACCCCCAAGAAAGGCUGUCUCCACCCGCCAUGGCCCCGAGGAGGGAAGGCAAAGCCUUGACUCUUGGCUUUAGCAGGCAAUGAAUUCACGUGUCGGUUCUUCAUCGCCUUCCUCCCUCCUCCUCCUUCUCCCUCCCUUUCCCUCCCUAGGAGCCAGGAACUGAGCCCUUUGCACCAAGAGCACGUCCCUGGUGUGGAGAGAUGGGUCCCCACUGCUCUCCCUGGGCAUAGCAGGGCUUGGUGUGGGGCGACGCACAGCCAGCCCCAGCCAGGAGCCCAGCAGGACUGCGGGCAGGGCUGUGCCGUCCAAGGAGGGACUGGGACAGGAGGGCUGGCCUAGCCCAGCGCCGGGUGGCUGAGCAUCCUAAGGCAGCAAAACCCUCUCCCCACCUCUUUCCUGUAAAUUAGGGCUGCGGGCCAGAGCUGUGGGAUGGCGCAGUGCCGGAGGAGGACAGGAGGAAGAUGGUGAUGGCAGGGAGAGAUGAAAGAGGUCUUGGCAGCCUGACAGGUGACGAGGCUGAGAUCGAGUCCUCCCAGCAUCAUCCCCUUUCUCCUGUUCCUCCCCCUGCCCCUUCCCCGGCUGCCUGCACUGCCGCCAUGCAGCCUGGGACAGCACAUGUGGGUACUGGAGAGCUGUCCAGGGGAGCUCACUCCCCCAUCUGCUCCUCCAGACCCUGCAGCAGUGAAGCCUGGGCUGCAGGGAAGCUCAGGGAUGAGGAUGGGACUUUGAGGCCCCCAUCUGUACCGGGAGAUACUGGGGUGUGGGGUUGACACUGUGACCCCGAAGUUUGGCGUGCUCUUAUUUGUAGCUUCCAAAUUCAAUGUACAAGGUUGUUGCUUCUCUCGGGGAGGGCUGGGGGUGAUUUGCUGCUUGUCCAGGGGAGCAGAGCCAUCGCAGUCCCCGGCCAGUUGCGGGCUUCCACAACAACGUCUCUCACAGCUUGUCCAAAAGCCAGCAUUAACACUGCAGGGCUUUUGCUCACUAGGGUCUGGGAUGGAUCUUGACUGCCUUGUAAAAUAAUCCCAGAGCCAUACUGCUGCCAGCUCCCAACCCACGCCCUGGGGUGAAAGGAAAGCAGCUCAGCGCUGGGGCUAAGUGUGCAGGAGACGUGGGCAUGCCUGUCCUCUCCUCCUCCACCAGCCCAGCUCUCAGAGCUGCCGCAUGCGCCGCAGUGUUGCGUCUGGCUGGGUCUUUGCUGGAACUGAGCAACGCAUAUCAUAGUUUCCCAUCUUGUCUCCAGGGCGGCUGAGUAGGGCAGGAAGAAUCUUAGAGCAAACACAGCUUCUGGCUGAUAAUGUCCUGAGGGUGCAAAGCACAUCUCUGGGCAUGUCCAUGUCCUCCACCAUUGCAUCAGUGUUUGCUGUCCAUGGGGCUGGGGCUUUAGUUCUCCCAAAGGAUUUGUUUUUUGGUGCUCCCAGCAAGAGCCCAUCACUGAAUUUGCACCUGCUUUUUCCCCAUCCUAUGGCAUCUGUAAUGCAGUGCGUUGCCCGAUAAGCGCCUGGCACCCCGUAAGCCCCUCGGGCCGUGCUCUGGGGUGGAUGCAGAGCAGCACCUGAGCCAGGACAUUAAACAUCUCUCAACCUUCUGCCUUUGAAUGCUUUCUGCAGCUGGAGCGGUGGGCACUUAGCGGGUUUGGAAGUGGUUUUUCUUCUGAUGAGAGUAAGAAGAAAUUUGCUAAUUAAAGGAAAAAAAAAAACUAUUUAUCUUCCACAUGUCCUCUGACCUUUCUUUCUCCCAUCAUUGAGCCAUGUAGGUGAUCAGACAGACAGUGCGGGUCUCCAGCAAGGGAAAGCAAAGGGGAGAGAUGACCCACUAGACAGAUUGCCAGGUCGAAGCAGACUUCCAGGUGUGACCAGGGCAUGCUUGGGAGCCAAGGGAUGAUCUGGGUAUUGGACUCAUCUGUCAUUCACCCCUCAGCUACACAGGAUCGCAAGCGUUGGGGCAACGCAGAAGGCUAGGAGCUAAUCCUCAAGCAUCUUGUGGGUUUAGGCUGCCCAUCUUGAGAUGCCUUCAAUGUCCUGUAGAGGGUAUCUCCAUAAGGCUUGUGUGCCUUCAGAAAUGUAGACCAUCUGGAAAAACUUGCUUCAGAGGGUUUACUUCUUGGGAACUGCCAGGAAGGCUGGCUAGAUCCCAUUGGUAUCUGCAAAGGUUUUGGGGCCAGCUUUGUGCCACCAAAUUUGAUCUGAGGAGCUGAGCUGUUUCUAGUGCUGCUCCUUCUCUCCCUGCAGUCCCCUCUGGGAGCCAGUAGCACUGCACAGCAGGCCUGGCCACCAAGGAGGAGAAGGGUCCGUCAUGUCACUGCGUGAGGCAUUGAGAUGCUCUAUCACGCGAGGGCUUGCAGCAUCCCCAUGGCAUUGUGAGGCUGCACAUCUCCGACCACUCCAAGCGCUGUCUUGGUGGGACGGCCCUUAGCUCCCUUGAGUUUCUUCUGUCCCAUUCAGGCCGCCUAGUUACUACAGCUCCUAUGGGGAAGAAUCAGCAUUCUGAGGGUCCACAUUGAUUGAGAAGGGUGAGACACAGGGCUGAUCCUGUACAGCACUUCUGGCUGGGCACGGUGAUCCCACUGGGUGCGUCACCAUUCCCUUCCUGCUGGUGAAAGAGGUGCUCCAAGUGCUGCUCCGUCCCCAGUGGUGGCUGGAGGUUGCUCAGCAUCGCAAAAGGGAUAGCCCCGAUCCUCCUUAGGUGGGAAACCUCAUGUGUCGCACGUGCUCCCUGGUCAUAAGAGGCAGUGCCUUGACUUGCACAGCAUUUGAGGCUGCUGCCAGUGGGAAUCGUUGCUUUGUACGUGUAGAAAUGUUUCUGACUGGCACCUGAAGGAGCAAUGUCUCCUCACUCCCCUCUGCUGCACUCACCUAGGCAGCGAGCAUCGUGUAGCAGGGUUGCCUGGGGCAUGCACUCCCAGGGGGGUUUUGACCACAGUGUUUUUGAGUAGGGGCUGAGACAGGGACAGGGGGGGCUUGAAGUCAUCCUCCUUUGGCCAUGGAAACCUUCUCCACCUUCGUGGUCAAAGUGCUCAACUCUGAUCUCUGUUUUGAGAGCACACUGGCAUCUCAGCAUGGUGAGCUUGCUUUUGGGGAAGAGGGGACAGGCUUUGUGGUGGUCCUUUGCUUCAUGUGAUAUCAACCCAACCACCUUAAGCAUAGUGAGCCUCUAGUGUAAGAACAGUCCUCUUAUUCUCUUGAUCUGGAAAAAUCCAUGUGGCCAAAUCCUUCUGAACACUUCUGGCUGGCAGAGCAGUAUCUUGAUGUCCUUCCAUUCUGUGAAUCACUGCAAAAACUUUGCACCAUUUUGCUGCUUUAAAUGUUGUUUUGGGGCUUUGGACUUUUCUGUGUUUUUGGUUUUUGUUUUUUUACAACUGUCUCUCUCCUAUCCUGGGACUUGCAACACCCUCUUGUGUUCUGCCCCACGGACACGACACCUUCACCUUAGGAAGUGAAGAGACUCUGCUACCUCAGGAUUGAGAACAGGCUACGCAGUGUCUGCCCACUGGGUUUUGGAGGCUGCACAGUCAUUCCUCCAAGAGGAGAAUUUGGUGGGGUGGGGUAGGGAUGUGUAUGGAAAAGGGGAUGGGCAGCUAAUGGUGCUGCAGGAGGCUGGGGCUGGGAUAACAUAGAUGAGGCUAGCGUACCCCAAAAGUGCUGAUACAGUUUUCAUGCCUGAUGUUCCUCCCUCAUUGUGUCCACCAGCCAGGCAGAGACGUGGAACUGCUUUCCCUGUCUACUUCCCCCUGGUUCGGUUGCACAAGCGACCCUGUGAUUUCUGUCCCAUGAGGACAUGCUGUGUUGCAGGGGUUCGCUGCAGCCCAAGGCCACUUUCCACCUGCAAAGAGCCAGCCCAGGAGCUGCCCUUCUUGCAUAUAGGGUUUGAACCCUCUCUGAGGAUGGGGUGAGACGGCCAUGGGUUGCACAUCUCGAUAGCUUUUGUCGUUCCUCCAGCAGGGCUUGUGAAGAGCCCACCCUCAUGCACGGACACCCACACAUGGGUCUCCCAAGUCCAUCCUCCGACAUGCCACUGAAAGUGUCCCUGAGCUGAAGAGCUUGUCCUCUUUUUCCAGAUUGGGCUGUUGAGUACUUGGGUUUUUUUGAUAUGGACUUGGGCUCCUACCUCCGAGGUGCCAACUUUGGAACGUUUCAGCCCAGAAACGCUUACAGAAAUACAAAAAGCUGAGGGCUUUGUUUGUUUGUUUGUUUGUUUGUUUGUUUGUUUGUUUCCAAGUAGGUCUUGAAUUAGAAAUCCUGAUGAGCUCCAUUUCUUCACAAAAGUCUCGGAACAGCUGGAGAAGUAGGAGUCUGACAGCACUGUAGACACAUAGUGCCAGAGUGAGGCCUGAGAGAUCAAGGGCUUCGUGUAUGGGCUGGUUCUCAGAUCUUUGUACUUGUAUGUUAAUCCCUAUUUUGCCUCAGAUGCCAAGACACGUUGAAAGGAGAGAUCACCGCCUUAAAAAUCUGACAUAUUUGCCGAUUCAGUAAUUACUCUAAUUCUCUCCAUUGAAUUUUCCAGGAAAACCAGGGAACUGACACCCCAAGGCUUUGGCUACAAACAAACCACCCUUUCCUGCCCUUAUGUGAAGAAGCAAAGGCACAAACUGGGUUGCAUCACUCCUCACCCAUUCCCACCUCCCUCACCCCCUCCAUGAAAACCCCGUGUCUUUCAUAGACUUGCAGUGAUGGAGCUCCAAAUUGUAGCAAGCCCUUUGGAGAUUCAAAGGAUGGCAAGGCAGAGGUGCACUAACCAGCCAACCGAGAGCUUUGUAGGGUUUGCCCAGGGAGGAAAUCAUGGCUGAACCUUGUGCAGGGGAUGAAUGUGACCAGGAAUUCAUAGGUGUGUCUCUCCACCUGUAGCAUUUUGGUUACGAUGCUUGUUUCCUUUCCAUUCUCCAUACUUUCCAGUUGGACAGAGCGCAUAGUGGGAGCAGCAUUUGGAAGGAGGACAGCACAUCCGUUGCAAAUGGCCAGCUCUUUAUUUAACAAAGACCUGGUUACACAUAUUUAAAAACUUUGCAUUUGUAAAUUUAUAUUAUGGGUCUUGCAAUAAGGCUGAGACUGUGGUGCUUGGGCUGAGAGCUUUGGAUGGGGCUUAUGGAUAACAGAUUUUCUGAGGAUGCAAAGAGUCUUGCUCUAUCUAUAACAGAACAAGUCGCUUUAUUUUACAUAUAUUUUUUCUUGGGUUUGUUUGUUUUUUAUGAGUCCCAGUGGGGAAGCACAUGGAAAGAUUCGUGACUUACAUGCAGUUUCCAAGUUCUUAUAUCUCAUUUGCUUCCAACAGACUGGGUAGGUGCAGUUCAGCGGGUGGAUUUUGGUGGGAUACUGUCUGGUGGGAGAAAAAUGUGCCUGGUUUCUUUGUGCAGCGUGGGGUCCUGGGACGGUUGCAGUCACACUCUCAGGCUCCAGCAGACAUUCCAGGGGAGGGGGCGUUUUUGACACAUUCUGCUUUCCUUCAGACAGCGCUCUCCCAAAAAACUCUUGACUUCCCUGCUGUUUCUUUCUGUGCAACAAAAAGAACUGCAUAUUUUCCUUUUUAACUCCAUGGGCAAUCAUAGUAGUAUGUAGAUUAAGCCCAGAUGACUUUUUUCUUUUUUUUUUUUGGUCUGAGCCAUAGCUAAAUUAUUAUAUCCAAUGCUUUUUGUAUCAGACAGCAUCACGUUGAAUAUGCAGAUGAGGUAUAGGAUCUUGACACUUUAUAAUCUUUUUAAAAGAAAAUUGUCUGUUUACUUAUGUCUUGUGUAAAAAGGAAAAAAUGUAUGCCUUUUAGUAAUCACUUUUUUUUUUUUUUUGAGUUUUCUGGUGG